AAAAAGGGUUCGAUGUCUGGAUGAUUACGGCAAAUUGUAACGUAAAUAAAUUUAUGUGAUUUUUUUUCUUCGAUCGUAGCAGUAAUUAACAUUUUAAUUCCAUUCGGUAAUGAAAAGCGUAUCGCGUUCAUAAUAGUAUUAUUUUUUAGUAAACGUAACAAAUACUCAUGGAAAACAUAGCAUCACAGAGGAUAAAACGUGAAUUUAAAGAAGUAAUCCGCAGCGAAGAGGUUACAAGAUGUUCGAUACGAGUUGAGCUGUUGGACGACAAUUAUUCCGAGUUAAAAGGUGAAAUAGCAGGACCUCCCGAUACGCCUUAUGAAGGUGGUAAAUUCCUAUUGGAAAUAAAAGUACCAGAAACUUAUCCCUUUAAUCCACCCAAAGUCAGGUUUUUAACGAAAGUAUGGCAUCCUAAUAUUUCAUCGGUUACUGGAGCUAUUUGUUUAGAUAUAUUGAAAGAUCAAUGGGCUGCAGCGAUGACCUUAAGGACGGUGUUACUUUCGUUGCAAGCUUUGAUGGCCUCUCCAGAACCGGACGAUCCUCAAGAUGCUGUAGUCGCUCGCCAAUACAAAGAAUACCCCGAAAUAUUUGUCUCUACAGCUGAACAUUGGACCAGCACCUACGCAGAUGGUCCACGUAAAAAAGAAGACUACACUAAGAAAAUCGAACGUAUAAUGGGUAUCGGCUGCGAUAUGGAUCAAGCUCUCGUUGCGUUAUCAACCUGUAAUUGGGAUAUGGAUAAAGCAAUCGAACAGAUAUUCGGAUAAUCCGCGUUCGAUUUCUUUUCUCAUACACAUCUGCAUCUUAUAUUGUGUGUACGUCGUAAUAUACGAACAAAAUCGACGUGACUCGGAAUUUUUUAUACACUUUUGCAGAGCGACCAGUUGUGUAAAAUAUUCGCGUCUCUGUCUCUCUCUCGUUUCAUUUUCUUUCGUUCGAUAUACAUAUAAACGUGAAAAUUAGAACUUAAGAUUUUUCAUAUUGAGAAUGUAUGGUCCAUAUUCGGUUACUCUCUGUUACCAUUGUAAAAUUGUAAUAUAAUGUACAUAUAUAUCACGCUUUUUAAAAUCUCUCCCCAUUUUUUCUCGUAGUCCCCUUCCCGAAGGCCGAAGUCAGCUGCAUACACCGCGUCUCAAGUCAAAAGUCGUGCAAAUAAUACCUACCCUACUACAAUCUGUACAGUCAUUUUUCGUCUUCUGAAAAUACACAAUAUUGAUAAGCGUUUUUAAAAGUAAUGUAAUAUCGUUUUUAUCUAAGUUGAUAUUUUUUAUUUUAAAAAUCGAUAAUUUUCCAUGUCGUUUCACCAUCCCCCCUCCCCAUUAAUUAACCAAAACUUAGUAUUCGCGAUGUGGAUUAAUGAUUUAUCGACAGGUCCCGUACGUUUUUUUUUCGUCGUUUAUUUUUACGGUAGCUAUACUACAACAACCUACAGAAUGAUAAUGUAAUAUCGUGAAUUUCUUUAUUGUAAUAAAAUUAUCUAAAACUA